CACACACACACACACACACACACACACUUUUUCAUAUUUCUGGUUGAGCUCUGUGCAGCCAUUGGUCAGCCCCCUGUGAGUGUGAGUGUACAAACUCAAAACUCCCUCUGUAAGAAAGGAGAAUAUGUUCAACACUUACACACUAACACACACAUAGAGCAGGCUCUCCUCACUUGUUUUUGUUUCCUGGCUCCCCAGCUGCUCUGACCCUUCCCUCCCCUCUUUCCCUCUGUCUCUGCUCUCCUCAGCCCAUUCCAGUCCUCUUCUCUCCUCCCUGCGGUUGUGAGUGUGUUUUUGGGUGAGCGAUGUGUUGUUCGGUGGGUUUCGCCAAGUCUCUGGGUCUGGCCCUGCUGCCUCUGGCCCUCUGCUGUAUCCUGGCUAACCUGCUGCUGCUGUUUCCUAUGGGAGAAAUUACCUACAUCCAGCAGGACCGCCUGGCCAGAUAUAUCUGGUACUUUGGUGGACUUGGAGGAGGGGGACUGCUGAUGCUGCUUCCAGCUGUUAUCUUCAUCACUCUGGGGAAAUGUAGCUGCUGCUGGAAUGAGAGCUUAAUGAUGUGCGGGUCAGUGUUGGCAGCUGUGGUUGGCCUGGUGGGGUCUGGCUAUUGUUUCGUCAUAUCAGGGCUCGCCUUGGUGCAGGGUCCCCAGUGUUUCACCUCUUUUGGAUGGACGUACCCCUUUGCAGACCAGGGAGGAAGGUAUCUCUUACAACCAGAGACUUGGUCACGUUGUCUUCAGCCGCUUCAUAUCGUAGAGUGGAACAUGACUCUGCUGUGUGUGUUACUGGGCCUGGCUGUGCUGGAGUUCAUCAUCUGUCUCUUACAGCUGGGAAAUGGUUUAGUCAUCGCUGUCUGCCGGCCCUGUUUCUAUAAGCAGGAGUAUAGUCUUAAUGCUUAGAUAAACACACAUGUGUAUGUAGACUCACCUUCAGAAGUGCACGUGCACACAUAGAAAUUCACACAUUCAACAUGUAUGCACACAUACAGGAUAUUAAUGGACACAUGCAUACGCGGAAGUCUGCACACACAGCCUCAUUGCCCAGCACCGUGUGUAUGUGAGUACAAAACAACCUUUCUACUUAGACACACAUACACCUGCAACAUCAUGGACACCUGACAGCCAUGUCAGUGCAACCACUAUAUUUUCAAGCUUUUAAUUUGCACUGUUAAAGUGGAAAAAUUCACUAAGCAGCCAUUGAUGAAGAUUGAUGACAUUUUAACACAUUAGUCGAUAAUAAUGUAGAUGUGUGGGUGUGUGUCCUGAAUGAAAUUUACUAAGUACCUGGUGAAAGGAUGCUGAGCAGACACACAUGUACAAAUAAUAAAGACAAAGUAGAGCAUCCUUGAUAAUAAUCAUAAUAAUAUUAGGUAUACAGAACAGUAGGUUUCACUGAGGUAAUUGUGCAGUUGUCACACAACAGUUUGUGAAACAUAGAAAACAGAAACUUUCAGGUGCCUUAUUUGUUUUUUUAAAGAAGAUGACGAACUGUGUUUUUACACUUGAGUGACAACUGUUCACUCACUUCAUGAAAUCUGUAUUUUUAAUGUCAAGGUCGCUCACUUUCUUUAUCAUCAUUAUUUACUGUAUACUUUGUAUACCUUCAUAAACCCAACAAUUACACCAUUUUUAUUGCAUAACUAGAUAAUACUACAAUUCAAAUCAAUGUCAUUAUACUAGUAUACUUGAGAUGGCAGCCACAUAUUGUUUGAUAAUGUUGGAAAUGACAUAAGCUCUUAUAUCAUUGUUAAUUGUGUCCUUGCAAGAAGUGAUGCACAUUUCCAUUAUUUUAGUUUUUCAUCAGCAUCUGACUGAUAUAAUUACCGUGAUGCACCAGUAAGUGUCCUUUCUGUCCAAUUUUAUUCUUGUUGUUCCAUCAUUUCUACACUGUGUUGGAUCACUUAAGGAUUACGAGCAGUGUUUUGUGUGUGUUUGUACAUUUGUUUUCAUUUUCAGAGCAUUUUGUUGUAAAUUGUUUUCUUUGCGUCUUUCGGAUGCUAGAUCAUCUGACAUUUUAUAUAUAUUUUAGUGACAUAUUUUUAUAAUGUAUGUUUGUUUGUGCUGCCUUGAAUAAAAAAAACUAUUUCCAUUUA